CGGCAAGAGGAGCCUGAUGGAGCGAGAGUGAGAGAGAGAGGGGGAAGACUGGAGGGUCUGUGAGAGUGGAGAAGGAGAGAGCGACAGGCAAGACAUUUGAGGGUCUGUAGAGGCGAAGAGAAGGAGGUACUGGCAAGUGAAAAGGGGGAAAGGAAGAGAGAGAGAUGAGUGUUUGCAUGCUUUCUGAGUGAGGACAGCCAGGAAGAAAGGAAGGGGACAGAAGAGGGGGUGGAAAGAGUGCAGGGUCCGUGCUUGGUGACACUUCUUGGACGGGAGAAGGCACUGUUGCAAGAGAAGAGGAGGGGAGAAAAAGUCAUCUGGGGUGGAUUUCAAAGCAGGACAAGCUGUCAUAGAGAAGGGGGCAGAGGUGUGAGGAGUUGCUGGGGAAGCGUGAGCAUGUUGGAGACGUAAGCUGUCGCAGGAACACAAGGAGGCCCUUGAACAACAUGAAGCGCUGAGAGGAGGAAGAAGAGGAGAGGGACCUUCUGGAGGAAAGCACUUGUUUAAAGAGUUAAGGGAAAUUUAAGAAAAGAGGAGGCAUGGGGUGCAUUCACAGCACAAGCAGCAGGAUAAAGAAGCAUGGACCCGGUGUGGAGACAGGAGGAAGCCCUGUGAAGACAGAGCCUGAGGUGCAUCCUGAAAUCCUUCAGCUGGCUGAGCUCGCCAAAGCUGGAAACCAUGCCUUCACUGAGAAGAGCUUCAAGAGGAAACAAGUGUGCGAUGUGUGCAAGCAGAACAUCGACAACCCCGGGGCCUUCUGCAAAGAAUGCAAGGUGGCAGUUCAUAAGAGAUGUGAAGCUAAGGUAACUCCUGCCUGUACCUCAUCACCAGACCUGCACGGCUCCACUAAAUCCACACCACAGAAGAAAAGACACUCCCUUACGAGGAGUAAAGAAGUGGAAAAAGUGAUGGAGCAUGUGAUGGAGCAUCACUAUGACUUCGACCUCACCUACAUCACAGAGAGGAUCAUUUCCGUCUUCUUCCUGCCAGACCUUGAGGAGCAGCGGUAUCGCACGAACAUACAGGAAGUUGCCUCAAUGCUGAAGUCUAAGCACCAAGACAAGUUCAUGCUACUGAAUUUAUCAGAGAAAAGACAUGACAUCACCAGGCUAAACCCAAAGGUGCAGGACUUUGGCUGGCCUGAUCAUCACGCCCCUCCCCUGGACAGGAUCUGUGCUGUUUGUAAAGCCAUGGAAACCUGGCUGACUGCUGACCCCCUGAAUGUGGUGGUUCUCCACUGCAGGGGAAACAAAGGGAAGACAGGAGUCAUUGUGGCUGCCUACAUGCACUACAGCAAGAUAUCAGCAGGAGCAGACCAGGCUCUCACUACUCUAGCAAUGAGAAAGUUCUGUGAAGACAAAGUCUCCUCUUCACUUCAGCCCUCUCAGAACAGGUACAUCUACUACUUUGGAGGUCUACUGUCAGGUACAAUAAAAAUGAACAGCAGCCCUCUGUUCCUGCACCAGAUCCUCAUUCCAUCACUGCCAAACUUCCAGGCUGGAGGAGGGUUCUACCCCUUCCUAAGGAUCUACCAGUCUCUACAGCUUGUCUACACCUCAGGCGUCUAUGAUCCCCAGAGCUCCAGGGCGAGGAAGCUGUGUGUGACUAUGGAGCCAGCACUGUUAUUAAAAGGUGACAUUAUGGUGAAGUGUUACCAUCGGCGUAGUCGGUCAGCAGAGAGGGAGGUUGUGUUUAGAGUUCAGUACCACACCUGCACUGUUCACGGAGCCCAGCUGUGGUUUGGCAAGACUGAACUGGAUAUGGCAUGCACAGAUGACAGGUUCCCUCCCGAUGCCACAGUCGAGUUUAUCUUCUCCAAUGGGCCAGAAAAGAUGAAAGGUCGAGAAUACCGCAAAAAUGAUGCGUCCAUAAAAGUGGACUACAACACAUCGGACCCUGUGGUCAGGUGGGAUUCUUAUGAGAACUUCAACCUUCAUCAUCAAGACAGCAUGGAAAAUAUUUGUCAUACAAAAGGCCCUCUGGAUGGCAGCCUGUACGCCCAGGUGAGGAAGCGCCGUGGGCCAGGCACAACUGCGUCUGCCACAUCAACCAAUGGAUGCCUAACAAGUAGCCCAACAGUCAAGCCCCAGCCUCCAAGUCCACCCCAGCCUUUCACCUACACCCCUGACUCUAAACGUUCUUCUGUUCCCUCGGAUCAUAUUGAUGACUCAAUAAACCAACCAGAGAGAGAAAAAUCUCCAACAGGGAAGGGAGAAGGAGAAGAUGGAGCAAAGGAAAAAACAAGAGCUAAAGAGAGAGAUCGAGAGACUGCCAUUUUAGAUGACACAGACCUGUCAAGUCCUGGGGGGGAAAGGAGAGAGCAUUUGUGCUGUGGUCGACCAAGUCUAAAGUGUGGUGAUGUUGGAUGGGAGAGGGAGCGAGAGCCCUGCAUUUCUAACAGCCAUUGUCUCGGCCGGUGCAACAGCAUUAAAAAUCACCCAAAAAGCCAAACACUGCCAGCCUUGCCGUCCAAAUCCAUGUCCCCACCUCCUCAUUCAACUCAUAUGGAGCUCUGCCAUCGACAUAGUUCUCACCCUUUACCAGAGUUACCAUGGGAACGUCCACCCCCACCCCCACCCCUGCCGUGUUUCCACAGGCCUUGCUACCCCUACUCCAGUCCUGAACACACCCAUCAACACAGCCACACCCUCCCAGCAGCAAACAGACUCUGUACAGGGGAGGAGUUUCAUCUCUUCCAUUAUCCCAGCCACAGUCCAGCCUCUCAUCACUCCCAUCAGUCACUGCCCUCAAGCCCCUACAGGGAAAUGUUCUUUGGCUCUCCGGUGCCGUCUGGUUGUUCCUGUCGGGAUUGCUCCAGCAGACGGGAGCACCAGCCAGCUUCAGUGAGGACAUUCAGCCCUCUGCACCCAGACCAGUUAGAGACCCCUCACUGGCCCAAAGGAGCAGGGGUACAAAGAUCCAGAGAGCCGCCUCCACUGUGGGAAAGUGAAAACCCAUGGGAGGCGGCAAGGGAGGCAGAACUCUGGCAGUGCAAAUCAACAAUGCCAGCAUUUCAUGUCUGUCAUCCGCCUUUGGAUCAAGGCCAGAACCCAGAGCAACCUAGAUAUGUCAUGGGGCCCCACCAGGGCUAUCCAGGUCCCCAGUCUCUGGUGGAUGUGCGCGAUGGAGCCAGCAGUGGGUACCAUACACCUCCACAGCCUCGCCACUCCUGUCCUUGCUCUUCUUAUCAGUCGUCCCCAGCUGAGAGCCACGAGAGCCGGGGUUACGCCUCAGGGUACCACUCUGGAUCAGCCUCACCGCUACCUGCAAGUAGCCCCUCACCUGGGAGAGGAAGACUACCUGAGACCCCCUCUGGAUUAAAAGAGCAGCUGCACAAUGAACCUCAUAAAGUAGAACAAGCCAAGACUGACGUGGAUGAUAACAUAUCACAGGAUUCAGAGGGUAAAACAGACUCCAAUGGCCAGUCAAGCACCCCAGGAGCAGACUCUGAUCAUGACUACACAGUCAUUGGAAGCAGCAGUCCAACACACACAGAAGACAGUGUGACCGCUGAUAGCCCUCCUCAAAGCCAAGAAACCUCCAAACAUCUUGAGUCCAACUCAAAUAGUGCCCUAUCUAUGACACCACAACCAAAAGAAAGCCAAAGUUCAAAUCUAUCCCUAAACUCCACACAACCACUGAGUGAGCAGAGUUCAAGCUCUGAUGGUAAGCUUGGAGAGGGCAAGCUCCAAGGAAGCACAGAAGGAACAAAGCAAUUGCAGUCUUCAAGCUAUGCAACUGUGUUCAUCGCUCCAGUCCAAGUGCAACUCAAUGGCUCAAACCUUCCUUGUGAUACUCCCACUGAUAGCAGCAACAGAGGUGUAUCAGUGAACCCUUCCAUCACCUCUAGCCCUUCCACCACCUCCCCAAAUUCUCCAGUUGGCUCCCCAGAACUCCAGUCGUCUCCUCAGCGGUUGACGCCAGCUUCAGAUACUGCAGGACAAAGACUGACACCAGACAGAAACAGUUCAUCUGACACCAAACCACCAUCUCCUGUGCCUGAUGGAUACCAUACACCGACCUUCCCCUUAGCGUCCUAUUAUUACCCCUUACUAAAUGUCCCCCAUGUACCAUACACCGGGUACACCGCCAUUACCAUCCCAGCCAUCCAGCCCCCACUGCCUGAGAAGAAGCGUCUGUCAAGCUCAGCAGGAUCCCUGAACGGACACAACUCUCUGCUACGGGUUUCCUCAGCUCCUUCUCCCACGCACCAUGUUAGUUUCUCCCCCGCUAUGGGGGAGCAGAGACGGGGUUCUGCACAGUUCAGCUGUAGGGAUGACCCUGACAUCAAAGUCAAUGCCAAGUUUGUCCAGGACAGCUCCAAGUACUGGUACAAGCCAGGCAUCUCCAGAGACCAAGCAAUAGCUGUUUUGAAGGAUAAAGAACCAGGAACUUUCCUCAUCAGAGACAGUAACUCCUUUCAGGGGGCCUACGGUCUUGCCCUCAAAGUGGCCACUCCACCUCCUAAUGCCAACACCAUUGGCAUCAAAGGGGAUCCACUGGAACAGCUGGUGAGACACUUCCUCAUCGAGACAGGGCCACGGGGAGUGAAGAUCAAGGGCUGUCAGAACGAGUCCUAUUUCGGAAGUUUAUCUGCCCUGGUGUACCAGCAUUCAAUUACUCCCAUCUCUCUGCCGUGUGCCCUUCGCAUACCAGAAAAAGAUCUGGUUGGGGAGCUUCAGGAGGCUCAGAGCGCUACAAAUACAAGCACAGCAGCUGACCUCCUCAAACAAGGAGCAGCUUGCAACGUGCUCUACCUGAACUCUGUGGAAACUGAGUCGUUGACGGGCCCAGAGGCAGUUUCCAAGGCAACUAAGUGUACUUUGGCUCUGAGUCCGCGUCCGGUGGCAACUGUGGUCCACUUCAAGGUGUCCGCUCAGGGCAUCACUCUAACAGACAGCAAGAGAAGGUUAUUUUUCAGGAGACAUUAUCCAAUCAACAGUGUGACCUUUAGCAGUCUUGACCCUCAAGACAAGAGGUGGACUAACUCUGAUAGCACUUCAAGCAAGAUGUUUGGCUUUGUGGCAAGGCGGACAGGCAGCACCACAGAGAACGUGUGCCACCUGUUUGCAGAGAUGGACCCCGAGCAGCCAGCUGUGGCUAUUGUCAACUUUAUCAACAAAGUCAUGCUGGGACCACAGCUACACAGAUGAGAGAGCACAGACUCUGGGCUAAAGGGGAACCUUGGGGGAAGAUUUUAAUGUGAUUUUGACUUUUUUAAUGAUGUGUGUGUGUAUUUGUACAGGUGGCACUGCUGUGCCUGGCUGUAUGACUGUUUCUAUUACAGAUCACUGCUCUGAAGGGAAAAGUAUUGUUAAAAUGUCGGGUUACAGAGCAAACACUGAGAGAAGGAGUAGCCAAAUAAGCCAAAGGUGACCUCACUUUAUAAUCCUUAGCCAAAUGAGAUUGAAAUAACACUGUGUGAGUGGGUUGUUUUGUUUUGGUUCAGCUUUUUUAAUGAUUAUCCUGUUUAAACUGUUCACACAAUGUACAAUAAACAAAACAAGCUGUCCAUUAACAGCGCUGUUAUUGUGUUAAUAAUUCUCUAUAUCAACAUCCUAAACUAACAGAGAAAUAGGGUGAGGCUGGUUUUCAAUAAUGUAGAUUGUCAGAGUCAUGGAUGAAGGUGUGAAUCAGUAUUAUUGUAUUUUUCUGAUGCAAUCUAAUGAGGGUUGUUUUGAUUAUUUAUGAGGAAAAGGAUGCAUUAAAACGUAGCAUCACACAUUUUUUUACAAUCAACAUUUUCUUCCUAUGGCAAAUAAAUGUUUUUUUAAGUAUUAAGCCAAACUUAGCAACAAGGUUAACAGAGACAAUAUGAUUAAAAAAUAUAAAUAUUAUGUAGCUAUUAUUACGCUAUACACAAGUAAAAGAGCGCUCUGCUUUCAUGCAGAAAAAAUGACAGUAUAAACAAUUUAGACAAAAUAUUUACAAGUCAAAUCAUUUAAAGACUUAUUUUUUGACAUUUAGAAUAUCAUGGCAUCAGAGCAUUCUUACAUGAGAAAUAAUCCACAACAGUUUGACCCUGACCUUUCAAAGAGACAUAUAGGGAUUUAAGUUUAAGAGGGAGUUUCACUUCAAGCCAAAGACUGGGUAUUAUGUAAAGAUAUUUUGUUUUCUAUUACAUUUUUUCGGUAUGUGUGUUUUCUAUAAACUGAUACAGUAUAUAGAUGAUUUAAGUACAAUCAUUAUUUUUCAUAAUGGAUUUUUAUGUAAAAGAAGUAAUAUAUUUUAGAGAUGGUGCAAAUAUGUCAAAUAUUUGACAGGAAGUUUAAGUAAUAAAAUCAAAUGAUUUACAAG